AUGGUGACCCUCAUAACCCCUUCUUUGAGGGGUGUUCUCCCUCCCCCCUCUUGCCCUCUAUUGCCUCUGCUGCUACGGCCGACCUUGUUGGUCUCGAGUCGGCCGGCGCUGCGUCUGCCCCGAGCGGGAGACGCUGCUCUGGCAAGGGCAAGGGGGGCAAGGGCGCUGGAGGGGCUGGAAGAGGCGGGGCAGGUGGGGGUGGAGGCAGUGAAGGGAGUGGGGGUGGUGGUGGGAGUGGUGGCGGGGGUGGCGGCGGCGGCAGCAGUGGAGGAGGCAGAGGCGGUGGAGGUGGCGGAGAGAGCAGAGGCAGCGGAGGUGGCGGAGGAGGCGGAGGUGGAGGAGGCGGCGGAGGCGGCGGUGGCAGCGGCGGUGGUGGAACGGUUUGCGACUCUAUGCAGAGGAGUGGCUCAGCGUGGUAGGGGGUUUGGACCCUGCGCUUACGUCCUCCGUACCGGCGACCGAGCUGGUGAGCAGUGCGGAGGCCCGCACUCCACCCAGGGCUGUCGCUUGACGGACGCGUGGCGUUACCAGCUCCCUGAGGCGUUAGAGAUCCCUCGCUGGGGAGAUCUGUCUAAGGCCGCAGUUGCGAUCUUUGAUCUUGACUAUGAUGCUAUCCUUGCCGCCAUGUAUGCUGUUGAUACUAGUGUUGCGGGUGACUGUUACCUGUGUGUACCGCCUGACCCGGACACUGCGGCCGCUGCUCUAGGUGCUGGUGAGGCUGCUACUCUAGGUGCUAGUGCGUCUGCUUCCCCAGGUGCCAGUGCUUCUGCUGCCCCAGGUGCAGGUGAGUCUGCUCUCUCAGGUACUACGCCGGCUCAGGCCUUCCACACCUUCAUUCUUGACUCCGGUGCGUCACGCUCCUUCUUUCGAGACCGCACCACUCUUACGCGGCUCAGUCAGCCGGUUUCAGUCUCCCUGGCGGACCCUUCUGGGGGUCAUGUCCUUGCUAGCUUCUCCACUGUCCUACCGUGCCUGGCAGCCCCCUCUAGCACCCUAUAUGGUCUCUACCUCCCCUCGUUCUCUACAAACUUGGUGAGUGGAGCGGACCUACAAUAUAGGGGGGUUGACCAGUUCACUCCUGCGAGUCAGCAAGUGACCCACUGCACGUGUGCUCGGCCGACACUUGGCCACAUUCACCCGUCGGCUAGGGUUGAGCUUGUACGCCCUUACUACUGA